AUGUCUUUCGAGACAGUCAUGCCUCCGUUCAACUCGAGCGAUCCAUCCGCCAACUUCCUAAGCUCAUCCUGCUUAGACUUCCUCCUUAUUGAGCUCGUCCCGCUCGCAUACCGCGUCACUCACGAGCGAGACACGGCCCUUUCAGACCCGAGCAGCACACCCGCAGAUGUCGCAUCGACGAGCCAUGCCGUGAGCUCCAAUGCUGCCGGCGUAGUCGCUGGCACCGCCACAAGGAAGGACCAGGAGGAGGAUCUAGAUGCAGUGCAUCAUCGUCUGGAGAUGCUGGGCUACAGAGUCGGCCAGGGGCUUGUGGAGAGGUUCUCAAGAGAUCGGCCCCGGUUCAACGAUACCCUUGACGUUAUCAAGUUCCUCUGCAAAGACCUAUGGACACUGGUGUUUGGCAAGAACAUUGACAACCUCAAGACAAAUCACAGGGUACGAAUUUGCGACGCCACUGGCGUCUACGUCUUGACAGAUAACGUCUUCCGGCCCUUCUCCCGCAUGAGCACAGAAGCAGGCGGCCAAGCCAUAGUCCGCGCUCAGCCGGUACGUCCCCCGCCCUCUUCCUUCUUAUGGUUCCCCUGCGGCAUCGUUCGAGGCGCCUUGGCAGCCCUGGGUAUCAACACCACGGUCCAGGCCGAGAUCAACGAGUUACCGGGAGCUGUGUUUCAAAUCAAGACUAUUCCCAAUAAGCCCUAGGAGAGCUGUCUACCUAGGUACAAUAUUAUGAUACCCUUAAUGCAAGUCCAGCCACAACGCGCCAGAUUCCCGACCAUCGGCUGUCAUGGGCAUAAAAAGAGCCAACCACCGCACAGGGCUUCGACUAAGCCUUGACCAAAACUCCAUCCAUACCUGCAGCAAUCCCUGAGACCGAGAGACCGGGGUCAUGAAGCAGACACGACCAACGCCGCCGAGACAUUUCACAGCCUGUAAGAGAGAGCCAUUUCAUCAGC